CCAUUUUAUCCAUCACGUUUAACCUAAUCCUAAAAAUAUACUUUAAAUAAAUUCGAUAAAAAGAAAGAUUUGUUUUGGUCUACCAACUUUGUGGUGAAUCGCCGUUGUUGGCAUUUUGUGUUACGUCCGUUUCGCUUGUUAGUAUUUUGUGCGACGUUGCCGGUUCGCUAGAUUCUCCAGGUUCGAUUACUUCGUUGUCGGCCAGCUAACGAGUAGAAACUAGAGGUACUGGUUACUGAGCUUCAAGUCAGUCGAGCGCGCAGCUUGGUGCGCGACGUUCGUGCGCGGAGGGCUCCGCUCAUUUCCUUGGUUAUCUGAUUCGCAUUCUGUGCAAGUGUGAGCGAGAUAGCUGUUUUAGGUGAGAGGAAGUAGAACACGAGCGAGAUAGCACUAUGGCAGUGUCGCAACCUCGCCCACCUGACCGUGUUGACGCCGCGCUCGAAAAAGUUGCGCCGUUGCGCUAUUUGGAGGCGCACGAAUAUGCUCGCACGGAGCAUGUCGUGACGCGUUAUUAUCACAAAUCAUUGUCUUAUCCAAGUUUUUUGAGUUCUCAGAAGAUCAAGCACAACAUUGAAGAUUUUACUGGCGCCUAUUACCUUAUAAAACGGUGAACGGGUGAUGGGCCUGUGUUAACAAUGAUGAAACGCACAGGACCCAGGCUCGGGCCAGAUGAGCCUACACCUAUGUCACAGAGUCCUGCUCAGAUUCAGCAGGCUGGUGCAAGCAAUAUGCAUACUUUAGCUCAAUCAGCGCAACCUCAGAUGUUAGGUGCAACAACAAUGCUAUCAGUUAGCAACGCGUUUAAUCGUGGUCCGCCAAGACCAGCGGGCCCGCAAGUGAUCAACUAUUUGAAGGCGAACACUGUGCAAUACGCACCACCGCCUAAGCAACAACCGCAAGUUCCGCCCAGGCUCAAGCUGGUAACCCAACCCACCACCUUGGGCAUGGGCGGGCGCCAGUCACCUGGCGUGGGAGGCGUGCCGGGAGCUCCAGCGGGUGCUAGCUUUCAACGCCUCAAGGUAGAGGACGCUUUGUCUUACCUCGACCAAGUGAAAUACAGGUUUAACACUCAGCCGCAAGUCUACAACGACUUUUUGGACAUCAUGAAGGAAUUUAAGAGCCAGACUUCUCGUUACAGUAUAGACACACCGGGGGUUAUCACCCGGGUAUCGAACCUGUUCAAGGGACACCCAGAGCUGAUUGUCGGGUUCAACACCUUUCUGCCACCGGGUUACAAGAUUGAGGUGCAGAGUAAUGGACAGGUUUCGGUAUCUAUGCCUUCUCCCACGGGCGUGGGAGUACUGCCACCUGUCCCAGGGGGUAACGUUACGAAUGUCCCAUCCGGGCCUCAUACGCCCCAUGGCCCAGUGCCCAGUUCCGGGCAAGUGUUAUUGGGAGUACACCAUGCGCCGGCGCAGCCUCAGCUAGUUCAUAUAUUACCAGUGCAACAGUCGGUGAGCCAAGUGGUGCAUAAUCUGUCUGUGGCACCAAGUGCUGCGAACACAUUGCACCAUAUAUCUCAAGCCCAUCAACAAAUUGAGGCAGCCGCUAUUCAUCACACAAGUGGUGGUGCUACAAACACAAGCGUACACUCGGCCGCCGGACAACAACCUGUGGAGUUCAACCACGCUAUCGAAUAUGUUAAUAAAAUUAAGUCUCGUUUCUCCCGUCAACCGGACAAAUACAAGCGAUUCCUGGAGAUACUCCAUGCUUAUCAGCGAGGUCAUCGCGACGUGAAAGAGCCUCAGGCCAAACAGCAGACUGAGCAAGAAGUUUAUUCCCAGGUCGCAAAAUUGUUCGAGAAUCAAGAAGACCUAUUGGCGGAGUUCGGACAGUUCCUGCCUGACGCCAAAGCCGUCACGAAGCCGCCUCAUUGCCCUCCGCAUAAUAGGACACCGCCGCCACCCUCUCGAGUGGAACCCGAACCUGAAAGAUUCACAAGUGCGGCGGCUGCAUCGCCACCACUUUCGCAACAUACGAUACACCAUCAACAGGUACCCAAACACACCAGCACAAGCAAUGUGGCAGCUGCACCACCUCAGCAUCAUCAUCUCAAGAGAUCACCGAGCUUCUCAUCAUCUACUCCACUUGCUUCCGGAGCCCCGCCAGCCAAAAAGCCCCGGACUUCGGUGCCUGGGACUACGCCCUCUACUCCUCCUACGAGUCUUCGCGAUGUCUCCUACGCAGAGGCAGCUAAACUGGCAACUGCUCACGAGUAUAACUUCUUCGAUCGGGCUAGAAAGGCGCUCAGGUCGCAGCAAGUGUAUGAGAAUUUCUUGAGGUGCAUACUUCUCUUCACAAACGAGAUUAUAUCAUCAUCGGAGUUAAUCUGUGUGGUGUCUCCAUUCCUUUGCCGUCAUCCAGAGUUACAGAAAUGGCUACAGGACUUCCUUGGACCCAUUUCACCGCCCCAUACCCCAACAGCGCCUAGUUCAGGGUACAACAACACAAGCGGCACAUCGACUCUUCUAGGUUACGAGAGGUCUCGUCUGGGCUCCGAAAGCAAAGCCCGAGUGGAGCCACUCAUGCCUAUACACACCGCUCUGCCACUCACUGCUACAUUACGCCAUGAUCGACCUCCUACCGAUAAUAAUAUGGAGCUUGAUCUAUCUACGUGCAAACGGCUGGGCACGUCCUAUUGUGCUCUGCCAAGAGAGGCCGCAGCUAGGCGUUGCUCUGGAAGGACGGCCUUAUGUAAAGAGGUGCUAAAUGAUACAUGGGUAUCAAUUCCUACUUGGAGUGAAGAUUCAACGUUUGUCACCUCUCGAAAGACUCAAUAUGAAGAGUAUAUCUAUAGAUGUGAAGAUGAGAGGUUUGAGCUGGAUGUGGUGAUAGAAACGAACGCCGCCACCAUACGUGUCCUAGAGGGUGUUCAGAAAAAGUUGUCCCGAAUGACGUCCGAAGAAGCAGCCAAGUACCGCCUCGACGACUGCCUGGGAGGCCACUCGCCGACCAUCCACCAGAGGGCGCUGAAGCGGAUUUACGGUGAUAAGGUGGCGGUGGACAUAAUUGCCGGUUUGAAGAAAAACCCAGUUGUGGCUGUACCGGUUGUACUAAGACGGCUCAAAGCCAAGGAGGAGGAAUGGAGAGAGGCGCAAAAGGGUUUCAACAAGCAAUGGCGGGAACAAAACGAGAAAUAUUAUCUCAAAUCGCUCGAUCAUCAAGGGAUCAAUUUCAAACAGAACGAUCUAAAGGCGAUGAGAUCGAAAUCCCUCUUCAACGAAGUGGAGAGUGUGUAUGCGACGAGAAGACCCGGGCCGCAUUAUAUAGCUGAUUAUAAUAUGGCAAAUAGGCAAGAAGCUAUAAAAAUAGUCCGUGACGCUGCUGAGCUGCUAAUCCACCACGCCAGAAGGCAGACGGCGAUACAGAAGGCGGAAAAGCGACGCAUCAAGCAACUCUUGAGACAGUUUUUGCCCGAUUUGUUCGCACACCCGAGGCAACCGCUUUCAGAUGACGAGAGGGAUGAUGAAAAAGAAGAAGCCACAAGUCCCGGCAGCCCUGGGCAACAUGAGGAAAAAAUUACAAAACAGGAGAAACAAGAGUCAUCGGAAUCUGACAACGCGUCAGAAAAGAGUACGAGGCAUAAUAAGAUCGACAAGGAGAAUAAACCCAAGAACAACAAUAACACAGAAACAAAAGAUUGUCUCAUAAAACGUGGCAUUUGUAAUGAAGAGAGUGUCAAAGAUAUCAAAAACGAAAUGGACAUUGAAGACUUCAGAGAUUAUCCACCCAAUGAGGGCCGUUUCGUAUGCACAUCGUCGUGGUACCUGUUCCUUCGGCUCCACGCAAUCUUGUGUUCUCGCUUGUCCGGGGCCCGACGAGCUGCCCUCGCCUUGGCAGAUGCCGAGGCGGUGGGAGCCAACGCACGACCCCCCAGCGUAGCGGCUGCGCUGCGUCUGAAACCGCAUAACCUACCAUCCGAGGUGUCAUCGCCUGCGGAGUAUUACAACACGUUACUAGAACUGGUGAAGGGUGUGUUAGAUGGCAACACUGAGGCAUCCGCGUACGAGGACGCGGCGAGAGAAAUGUUUGGCAUCAAGGCCUAUCCUGCCUAUACGCUGGAUAAAGUUGUUUCAACGGCUGUUAGACAGCUCCAACAUUGCGUAUCAGAGAGUUGGUCAGUUCGUGCUGCAGAACUGGCAGCGCGAGGAGGAAUGCGAGGUCCUCUUUCCUACGUCUAUAAGGCUGCUAAAUAUCUACGACCAGAACAUACUACCUUCCUUGUUAAAGUGUAUGGCGGCGACGAGUGUAAAGUGACGUUCGAGUUGUUGGAGCCGGCGGGUGAAGGGAGAACGUCACCGCAGCUGAAUAACGACGGAAGUCGGCUUUCACCCACUAAUCAGUGCGGUCGCGAAAACGGUCCAUCUUCGGUAUCAGCGGCGGCCGCCUGGUCCCGAUACACGGAGCGCUUCGCUCGCCCCGACACGUCAGCUCGGUAUCACAAGCCCGUGUUUCUGAGGCGAAAUGCUCGGAAGAACGGCGGAGGGGAACUCAUAGCCACCUCCAGUACGGGGCUGCGGCAUCAGCCGCCCACUGUCAGGAGGAGGAAGCCGUUGCGCCUUCACGACCACUCUGAGUGUACUAUUUCUAAUCCUAUACGUUUCGUGGCCUGCCGUCCUCACCAGCUGUACCGCGCGGGAUGUCUGUCGAGCGCUCGAGCGUCCCAACAGCGUCUCUCGGCGACGAGAAGAGAACGGUUCAGAGCCUGGCUUGCCUCCACGCAAAGACCUACUUAAGUCCAGCACACGCCCACAUCGUCAAGAUCGGAAACGGUACUCAUACCGCUAAAUCACAAAAUCGAUAUUUUCAUAUCGAAAAUAUUUGAAGAUCCACGCGAGGUGGACGACGAUGAUCAGAACUGAAAGAAUCCAAAAGCGCUAAAAUGGAUGAUUAGCGGAAAUGUCAAUUAUCAUUAAAACUGGUCACUGACAUUAAGAUGAGAUGUGAGAUCGAUAUUGACAGUUGGACAAAAAUUGUUAAAAAUGUUUUGGUAAAAAAAUAUUUUCAGUAAUGACUUCAAUUAUUCUCAGUUUUAACUUAGUAAAAAUGUCCUAAACGAUUCAAGAUUUUAUUUAUUGACAUUACAAACCAUUUAACCGUUUGCCUGCGGCAAUGAACAAAUAAAAUUCUCUUAAUUUUAAUAGUAUGAGUUGUUCAUACUAUAUUUAAGCACUGCGCUCCGUCGAAGUCGGUUAAACUCAACCGACGUACAUUCCUACACGCUUCGCUAACUAUUUUUGCUUGAAAUAUGUGGAAGCGAAAACUCCGUAAACAGUCUCGUGAUAUUUUUGACGCGUUUUAUUUAUUUGAACUAUUUUUCAAAAGCAGCUUUAAUGGCUUACGAAGGUACUCUUUAUAACGUACACUUAUAAAGAGUGUUGUUUACUGCGUUUUUGUUUUCCUAUUGGAAAAGACGGAGAACGAAAGAUUUUCUAUGACAAGAAAUGGUACAUGAAUUCUCCUUGUGUGUACAGCGUGUUUGGAAAAAGUGUAAGGUUUUAAAACCCCUGAUUUGCCGACUUAAAAUCCUUACAAACCUGUCGAAACACGCUGUAUAUAAGAAAUUGAUCCGAGUCAUACAGGGUAGUACUAAACUCGAAUACCGCUAUCGGAUCGGUUUCUGCCGUUGGGUCGCGUUUUAGCGGCUCACGCUAGCUUGUAAGUGUUUAGAACGAUUGUAUAUAUAUGUUCUAAAUGUACAGAUCUCUAAGUACAUGUGUAAAUACGAGUGAUUUGUUGAUGAACCAAUCUUGUUGAUUUGUAUGGAGAUGAAAUAAAUAUUAUUAUAUUUAUA